AUAACCAAACAAACAAAUAUAUAGUCUUUCUUAUACAACUUCAACAAACAUAAUAUUUGCUCUGUAAUGGAUUUUCAUAAUUUCCGGUUACUUCGUUGUAUUCUCGUCGCAGUUUUCUUCUUCCACGACUCGUGUUACUCCGAUGAAGCUGGAAAGUAUAGUUUUAUGAAAGACGCAACAUUAGCACCAAAGUUGUCUCACUUCGACUAUAUAGUCAUCGGAGGAGGAACCGCCGGAUGUGCAUUAGCCGCAACGCUCUCUCAAAACGCUACAGUAUUAGUUUUCGAACGCGGCGGUUCCCCUUACGACAACCCAACCGCGACAGACAUCGGGAACUUCGUAAACACACUCUUGGACACAACUCCAAACUCAUGGUCGCAGCUGUUCAUCUCCCAAGACGGCGUAUACAACUCACGCGCACGCGUGCUCGGUGGAGGUACCGUCAUAAACGCGGGGUUCUACUCGCGUGCGGAAGAAGAGUUCGUGGCGGAAGCAGGUUUGGAGAGAGCCGAGGUCGAAGCGGCUUACGAGUGGGUCGAGAAGAAAGUGGUUUUCGAGCCGCAGGUUAAGGGAUGGCAAUCUGCGUUUCGAGAUGGGCUUUUAGAGGCUGGAGUGACUCCUAAUAAUGGUUUCACGUACGAACAUAUCGUUGGCACCAAAUUUAGUGGUAUCAUAUUUGACCCGGAUGGUCAUAGACACACGGCGGCGAAUUUGUUGGAGUAUGCUAAUCCGGAUAACAUUGUUGUCUACUUGCAUGCUUCUGUCCAUAAGAUCCUCUUCACUAUUAAAGGUAAUGAGAGGCCCAAAGCAUAUGGGGUGAUAUUUCAGGAUGCAGGUGGAGUGUACCACACGGCAGAAUUGGCAACGCAAGACUCAAUAAUGAAUGAGGUGAUCUUGUCAGCUGGGGCGAUCGCCAGCCCGCAGCUACUGAUGCUGAGUGGUGUCGGCCCUGCAGCCCAUCUCACAGCACAUGGGGUGAAUCCAGUCAUCGUAGAUCACCCCAUGGUAGGACAAGGGAUGGCUGAUAACCCAAUGCACCCUGUGUUCAUCCCUUCCCCUGAACCCGUAGAAGUGUCUCUUGUACAAGCCGUUGGGAUCACCAAAUUUGGCAGUUAUAUUGAAGGUGGAAGUGGGUUAAGUCUCUCUAUUAGUUUGACCCGUAGCUUCUUAGAUGCUGUUUUGAAUCUUGUUAAAAAGACGAAACUUCCUAUGCAACCCAUCUCAAAGCUUUUUGAAUCUUUGGAUCUUCGUUUGAAGGUGACUACAAAAGCUGGUGUGAUAAUCCAAAAAGUGAAUGGACCUCUAUCGAGAGGUCACUUGGAGUUGCGAAAUACAGAUCCAGAUGACAACCCUUCAGUAACAUUCAACUACUACCAAGACCCGGAGGAUCUGAACAAGUGUGUUGAAGGAUUUAAUACCAUUAUCAAAGUGAUAGAAUCGAAAGGGUACUCCAAGUACAAGUACCCUGGAUCGAGUGGGCGUGGAUUAUUGAAUCUCAUACUUGCCCUUCCCACCAAUCUGAGGCCAAGACACAUAACCUCGGCGUUCGAUUUGAAACAGUAUUGUAAAGAUACCGUGAUGACUAUAUAUCAUUACCAUGGAGGUUGUCAAGUUGGGAAAGUGGUCGACAACGAUUACAAAGUAUUAGGGAUUGAUGCUUUGAGGGUCAUCGAUGGAUCCACGUUUCUCAAGUCUCCAGGGACUAAUCCCCAGGCCACGAUCAUGAUGCUGGGAAGGUACAUGGGUCAGAAAAUUCUUCGAGAGAGAACGUAACGGCUUUCCAUGGAAAAGAAGAAGAAACAUGAGAUUUUAAAUUAAAUCUUGUCAUGACAGAUGAGACAGUCCCCUUCAUCGUCCAAAUAGAAAAUGCUCUGAAGACAUACAUGUAUGAAUCUUGUAAGAGCGUUUUAUGAUGUAACUAGAUUAAUUGUCUUCUACGUUGUAAAGUAUAUGUUGAAUACAUAUACAUAAUAAUUAUUGAAAA